AUGCAGGACCAUGUGGAGGAGUCGGCGGCCGCUUUGAAGAAACUGGCCAUUGACAACUUGAGUCCAGAAAGCACCCCGGCUGCCGUGGACCUCAACAUGGCACUACUGCAUGUGGAAAACAUAGCGGAGGACUUGGAACAGCUUGUGUUCCAAGUUGAAGACUGUAUGCGGGACGUUGGCGUCGACAACCAUGGUCUUGACACCGACAUUUCAAGCGCAGCAGUGUUAGAGGAAGGGGCUGCAUCACAAGACAACGACGAGGAUGGUGUCGUUCAGUCUGACUGGAGCACCGAUGAGCUCCUGUGUUCCGAAGAUUCAAUGUCCAUCGAAUCCGAUAGGGACGAAAUGGAGUACGCUGGAUUCCUUCGCGGGGAAAUGGAGAACAUGCCGUGGGAUGAUGUGUUGCCGCUCACCGAAGAUGCCAUCAUCGGCACCCAGACUCCUUCCGCGCAGGUGCAGGACAAUGAGGCACCCGUAGAGGCGGCAGCAGGUGGUGGCCGUGGCUGCAGUUAUAAGUUGGAGGAGGACCUUCUCCUGGUUGCGGCCUGGUUGAACGUGAGCCUAGAUCCCGUGGUUGGGAGCAACCAGAGCUUAGGUGCAUUCUGGCACAGGAUCGAGAGUUACUACAACGAGAGCAAGACAUUUACAUCAACUCGGAAUAAGAAAUCGCUGCAGGGGAGAUGGACAUUCAUCAACACGACGGUCCAGAAGUUCUGCGGCCACUACGCAAGAGCCCUGCGCACUAAGAAGAGUGGAACGACCGAGGCGGAGACGGUCGUUGAGGCAUGUAAGAUGUUUCAAGCCGUGGAGCAUAAGGAGUUCACCUUGCUGCCGUGUUGGAGGGAGUUGCGCAAUCAUCCGAAGUGGCAAGCGGAGUCGGCGCGCAAAAAAUAG